AGACGAUACACACGCGAUCCUUCGCGAUGGAUGGCCAUGGCCUGGAGUGGGCUCUGUCCAGGGGCCUGCGAACAGGAUUCUUGCCGUUUGAUCCAGAGAAAUUUAUAUGCGCCGGCGGCGGGGCCUGGUAUGAUUGCCGCUUGAACAAGUGGGGAGACAAGAUCGUUGCCUGCGAAAAAUGGUGCGGUCUUCCUCCAAUCAUUCCUAUGUACUGGCACAAGACAAUGUUCACGGACUGCGAGUUUGAGAACACGCAUCCGGAUGACAACGGGCUUUGGAAGCCUCCGAUGCCCAAUAUUGGUGCCAUGAUGAACAGCGCGCUGGGCCUCAUGAAAUUCGAGCCCUGGCGCGGCUGGCCCUUCCGCGGGAUCAACGCCAUGGAGUUUCAACCCAAUGGGGGCUUGCCCCCGGACGGCGAGCGGGAAAUCACGAAGAUCUGCUGCAAGAAGCCGAUGCCAAAGUGCGUCACGAUUGGGGAGCCCACCGUGGUAGUCCGUGGCUUGCCCUUGGCGGCUCUACCUGGAGGCAUGCCGAGAGCCUGGCAGAGACAUCUGCGGGUGCGUGCACAAGGCGUUGAUGCUGCCAAUUUCCUCUGAGGCCGAGCCGCGGAGCUCGCCUGGGUGGUUCUCGCCGCAUUCCGGAA